AUGAGCAACGGCAAGUACAACAACGGCAACAGCAGCAGCAGCAAUGGCGAUACGUUCGAGCCUCGUCGUUCGACUCGUAUCAAGAAGGAAACAACGGAUGGCGAUGGCGAUAUUUGGGCGGAGAAACUGGUAGUGUGCGAGUCUUCCAAGAGCAAGCUAGUGAUUCGAUCCUAUUUCAAGAAUUGCCGUACGGGCAAACGAGUGUGGGACGAACCACCCACAGGAGCUAGUCGUAUUCAGCAUGCUUCCGAUUCUACCAGACAACACAAGGAAGAAGAACUCCAGAAUCUCCAAUUGGCAAUGAACGUCAACAUUCACACCAAUGACACCAGCAGUACUUGGGGUGAUAUUAAUACCACUACUACCAACAAGACCAGCAAAGGAUUCUUUCCAACUUUUCGGAAAAAGACAAAUUCCAAGAAUGGAAACGACAACAACGAUAAGGCUGAUGGACCUGCAAAGGGAGGAGGAGGAGGGAUCUUCCAGUUUGGCAGCAAGAAGAAAAAUAAGGAAAAUGCAGUGAAUGAGCCUGACUUGGAAGGAGAUGAGGACAUGCAAAGAGCCAUCAGUCUAAGCAUGGGACUAGCAGUUGCAAAUCACAAAAAUAAAAGUCACAACAAGCAAAAUGAGAAUCAUCAAACACAGGAAGAAAUUGAAAUGGCCAGAGCCAUCAGCAUGUCCCUAGGGACUACCAGUACCUCUACAAACACCCCAGAAGAAGUGAAUGAAAUGGACGAGGAAGAAAUGAUACGCAGAGCCAUUGAAGCGAGUCAACGAGAAUCAUACAGCAACAACCCUACACUAAUCCCUUCGUUCUCCCCCAACGACACAAAUAACACUCCCACAAGUGCCACUGCCAGUCUUCCGACAACACACGAACAAGAUGCCGAUUUACUGGGCUUGGCCGAUAUAUUCAAUGAUACUGCUAACAUUAUUACACCGCCAAUGCAGUUGCAGCAGAGCAUUACAGGAAAAACAACGGGACUUGAUGAAUAA